AGGCCCAUUGUCGGGUUGAGAAUGACAAUCUGAAUUUUGCACAGUAGUUUCGAUUUGAAGCGACUUAUUCUGCCUUAUACAAAUAAGCAAAUUCUUGUUUUUCGAACGUUGCCGUAAAAAGAAAAACGCAUCAUGUCUCGCGGAAGUUCAGCCGGCUUUGAUAGACACAUCACGAUCUUCUCGCCCGAGGGACGCCUCUACCAAGUGGAAUACGCCUUCAAGGCCAUCGCCCAGGAAAACAUCACCACGGUGGCGCUGAAGAGCGGCGACUGUGCCGUGGUGGCUACCCAAAAGAAGGUCACCGAGAAAAACAUCGUGCCCGAAACGGUGACCCACCUUUUCCGCAUUACCAAGGAUAUUGGAUGCGCCAUGACAGGACGCAUGGCUGAUUCCCGCUCGCAGGUGCAGAAGGCUAGGUACGAGGCUGCCAACUUUCGAUACAAGUACGGCUAUGAUAUGCCCGUGGAUGUGCUGUGCCGGCGAAUUGCCGAUAUCAACCAGGUUUACACUCAGAACGCCGAGAUGCGUCCGCUCGGCUGCAGCAUGGUGCUGAUCGCCUUCGAUAAUGAGAUCGGCCCUAGUGUUUACAAGACGGAUCCGGCUGGAUACUACAGUGGAUUUAAGGCUUGCUCUGUAGGCGCCAAGACGCUGGAGGCCAACAGCUACCUGGAGAAGAAGUACAAGAACAACUUGUCCGAGGAGAAGGCUAUCCAGCUGGCCAUCACCUGCCUGUCCAGCGUGCUAGCCAUCGACUUUAAGCCCAACGGCAUCGAGAUCGGUGUGGUCAGCAAGACCGAUCCCAGUUUCCGCAUCCUGGACGAGCGAGAGAUCGAAGAGCACCUCACCAAGAUCGCCGAAAAGGACUAAGUUGUGCCCGCUAGCUAUAAUUUUGUCAUAUUUUAUAAAGCCUCUCCUUGGAAGUAUGGUUAAAUACAAAAAUGCUUUUGGAUUGCAUUUAAAACUAAGGCAAA